AUGUCUCCUUAUCGGGGCCUGAGGCCAUUGCUGGCAGCGAGCUCGGGGGCGGGUAGGCCCAUACGAUGGAUGCCACGGAGAGAACUGAGUAGUCUCAACAGCGCCUCUUCAUUUAUCCCAUCUCUAUCAACAUGCCAACGGCAAGAUGCUUCACCACCGUAUCAUUGGAAAACUCCACCGGCAUUGUCAUUAGUAAGAUCAACCACCUUGCAGCAAUGGACAUCGCGGUCCAGGUUUGUGACGAAGUUUGCACAACGGCACAGCUACUCGACCUCUUCGGAGUCCGGUGAGCAAGAGCUCAAACGGACACCACUGUACGAGCUGCAUACCUCGCUGGGCGCUAAGAUGGUACCGUUCGCCGAGUUUGCCAUGCCACUAGAAUAUCCGGACCAGUCGCAUCGGGAAUCGCAUCUCUGGACACGAAGCAACGCAUCGCUCUUCGAUGUGUCGCACAUGGUACAACAUAAAAUGUCUGGCGAAUUGGCCGAGGAAUUCCUGAUGACGAUCACGCCGAGCGCAAUCAACGAGAUUGAGAAACACCACUCGACGCUCUCCUGUCUGCUGAACAAGCAGGGCGGUAUCGUCGACGACACGGUCAUUACGCGCAUCGGCAAGGACAGCUUUUACUUUGUGACCAAUGCAGGCUGCCGCAAGGGCGAUCUCGCAUUCAUCGAGGCGGAGAUGGACGAGUUCUUGAAGUCCAAAGGCAACCCGAAAGACAAAGCCAUCAACUGGCAUGUUCUGGAUCACCAUGCCCUGAUCGCGCUACAGGGUCCUGCUGCGGCAUCCGUGCUCCAGUCUCUCGUGUACAACGAUACCGAGGACGAAUCGUACGACACCAAAUUGGACUCGCUGUACUUUGGCACCAGCCGAUGGCUGCAGUUGACCCUACCGGAGACGGGCAUGAACACCCCGUCCCUACUGAUUACUCGCACCGGAUACACCGGCGAGGACGGGUUCGAGAUCUCGAUCCCGCCCGAGAACGGCGACGCCACGGAGCUAGCCACCUCGAUCGCGAAAGCCCUGACGGCCGACUCGUCCAAAGUCCGCUGGGCCGGCUUGGGAGCCCGAGACUCGCUCCGCCUGGAGGCCGGCAUGUGUCUGUACGGCCACGACCUGAAUGACACCAUCACCCCUCCAGUAGCCUCGUUGGGCUGGUUGGUGGGCAAGUCCCGCCGCGGCGAAAACCCCCAGCCACCAUUCAACGGUCACGAAAUCAUCAACAAGCAAUUGGCGUCUCCCAAAACCAUGCCGCAGCGUCGGGUUGGCUUCCUCGUGGAAAAAGGCCCCGCGGCACGAGAGGGGGCUGAGAUCGUCGAUCCCGGAUCCGACAAUCAAGUCAUCGGCCACGUCACCUCUGGCUGUCCCAGUCCCAGUUUAGGAGGGCAGAACAUCGCUAUGGGCUACGUCAAAAACGGAUUCCACAAAAAAGGCACCAAAGUCGGGAUCAAAGUCCGCAAGAAUGUCAGACAGGCCGAGGUCGCUAAGAUGCCCUUUGUUGAGUCCAAGUUCUACCGACCGUCGACUUAG